AUGCCGAUUUUUUAUAUGAUAGAUCUUGGCCUGAUGACAUAUUUCCUUGGUAUGGAAAUCAAACGAGAUGAAGGAAAAGUUUUCAUUUAUCAAAGAAAGUAUGCUAAGGAAAUACUUAUAAAGUUUCAUAUGGAGGAAUGCAAAGCAACAGCUACACUAAUGAGUCAAAAGGAAAGCUUAAGUAAAGAGGAUGGCACAGAUAAAGUCAAAGAAGGCUAUUUCAGAAGCAUGGUUGGAUGUCUAAUGUACCUAAUUGCCACCAGGCUAGAUAUCCUUUUUGCUAUAAGCAUUCUCUCUCGUUUUAUCCAUUGUGCUAGUGAAAUGCAUUUUAAAAAAGCAAAAAAGAGUUAUUAG